AUGUCAUCUAGUCGCCCCGAACUUAAGUUUUCGGACAUCUCAGAAGAAAGAGGUUUCUAUAAACGGUUCGCUAGCUUGCCGGAGAAACCAACUCAAACGAUAAGACUUGUAGAUAAAGGCGAAUACUAUACAGUAGUUGGUAAUGAUGCGGUUUUUGUUGCCGACAGCGUUUAUCAUACAAACUCGGUUCUCAAAGAUUGCAGAAUUGAUCCAGGUACUGCAAAAUCCAUUCACGAACCACUCAAAUAUGUGACAAUCUCACCACAAGUUUUGUCCGGCCUUCUAAAGCUUUGUCUUUUAGAACAAGGAAUGAAAGUGGAAAUAUAUGACAAAUCGUGGUCGUUAAUCAAAAGUGGCUCGCCUGGUAACAUCGAACAAGUCGAUGAUCUAAUGAAUAUUUCACUUGAUUCUGCUAUCGUUCUUGCAAGCAUCAAGAUUCAGCCUAAUGCUCAAGAAGGAAACUGUGUUUUGGGCGUGUCGUUCAUUGAUAGUGGCUCUUUCAAAGUUGGAAUGCUGGACAUCGUGGACAAUGAAGUGUUCUCAAAUUUGGAGAGCUUUUUAAUCCAAAUGGGCGUAAAAGAAUGUCUACUGCCGGAUCAAAGAAGCAACGAAGGUAUUGCAAAUGAAUUGAAAAAAAUGGUAGGGGUUUUAGAUCGCUGUGGGUGUGUGUCAACUUUUGUGAAGAGCUCUGAGUUUUCUCACAAGGAUGUUGAACAAGAUUUAGUCAGACUGGUCGGAGAUGAGCUCUCAAUGUCUUUGCUUAAGUUCUCAAACCUAGCUCUUGGAUCCUGCAAUGCUCUUAUAUCUUACCUCGAAAUCAUGAACAAUGAGACUCAGGUAGGCAAAUUUGAACUCGUUCAACACUCAUUAACGGAGUUUAUGAAGUUGGAUGCGUCUGCACUCAAAGCACUAAACGUUUUCCCUAGUAAUGGCGGUGGCUCGAGUAGUAUACCGAUCAGCCAUGGUUCUGCUAGUGGGCCAAGGAUAUCAAGCAUGUUCCAAUUGCUUAACAAGUGCAAGACGAAUGCUGGUGUGAGGCUUCUCAACGAAUGGCUCAAGCAACCUCUUACCGACGCUAGUGAGAUUAACAAACGCCAUGACCUUGUUGAGUUUCUAAGCGAUCAGCUCGAGUUGAGGCAGGUUUUACAAACAGAUUAUCUGCCCUUAGUUCCUGACGUGAGAAGAUUAACUAAAAAGCUUCUCAGAAAUGGUAACUUGGAAGAUGUUCUCAAAAUCUAUCAGUUUGCGAGAAAGGUCCCCGAAAUUUCCAUGGUGUUGGAUGAUUAUCUGGAAAGACUGGACGAUAACUCCCCCACGAAAUCUCUAGUUGUAGAAACGUGGCAGAAACCUCUCAAUGAGCAUCUAGCACCCUUAGAUAAAUUUCAGGAGAUGGUAGAAACUACUGUCGAUUUAGACGCUUACGAAAGUACAAACGAAUUCAUGAUCAAAGUAGAAUUCAACGAGGAUUUAGCCAAGAUUCGUGGUGAGCUUGACACUCUCAAGGACAACAUCAGAACAAUACACCUUGAUGCUGCAGAUGAUUUGGGUUUCGAUCCGGAAAAGAAACUAAAGCUGGAAAAUCAUCAUGUUCAUGGGUGGUGCAUGCGUUUAACUCGUAAUGACGGCAAAGCUUUGCGACAACAUAAGCAAUACUUGGAACUUACCACAGUAAAGGCAGGGAUAUUUUUCAGCACUAAAGAGCUAAAGCAAAUCUCUGAACAAACUGCCCUGCUACAAAAGGAAUAUGACAGGUUACAAGCUGACCUAGUCAAGGAAAUCGUACAAAUCACGCUCACCUAUACACCAGUCUUGGAGAAGUUAUCCAUCGUUUUGGCGAAACUGGAUGUUCUUGGUUCCUUUGCGCACGUUGCGUCUUAUGCCCCAGUUCCUUAUGUGAGGCCUACAAUGCACAGCAUUGGUACCAGUAGAAAGACCGAGCUAAUAGCAUCUCGUCAUCCAGUUUUGGAAGUCCAAGACGACGUGACCUUUAUUUCCAACGACGUCAGGUUAGAGAGCGGCAAAAAUGAGUUUCUGAUCAUAACGGGACCAAAUAUGGGGGGAAAAUCGACGUAUAUACGCCAAGUCGGCGUCAUAUCUCUCAUGGCUCAGAUCGGAUGUUUCGUUCCCUGCGAAAAAGCUGAAAUAGCCGUAGUGGACGCAGUACUCUGUCGUGUGGGAGCUGGUGACUCGCAGCUGAAAGGUGUAUCCACUUUCAUGGUAGAAAUGCUGGAAACUGCUUCCAUUUUGAAGAAUGCUACAGAAAACUCCUUGAUUAUAGCUGAUGAGCUGGGUCGUGGGACCAGCACAUACGACGGGUUUGGUCUCGCCUGGGCCAUUUCCGAACACAUUGCCAAAAGUAUCAGAUGCUUUGCGCUCUUUGCCACCCAUUUUCACGAACUUACCUCGCUUGCCGACCAGGUACCCACUGUCCAAAAUAUGCACGUUAUCGCCCACAUCGAAGAUAUGCAAAAGAGCACACACAGCUCUGAAGACAUCACACUAUUGUACAAGGUAGAGCCCGGUAUUUCAGAUCAGUCAUUUGGGAUACACGUCGCUGAAGUUGUUCAAUUCCCAGGCAAGAUUGUUUCUAUGGCCAAGCGCAAGGCGGCUGAGCUUGAAGGUUUAAAGCAAGAUUCUCAGCUGAUAAAGAAACAGAAAUGUACCUCAGCAGAGAUAGCAGACGGUACUGAAGCUCUGAAGGAGCUGUUGAAGAAAUGGGUGAAGGAAAUCCGGGAUCAGGGAUUAGACGGUUCCAUUACGGAAGAGCAAAGUCAAGAAAAGAUAAUACUCUUACUAAAGCAAAUAUCGGAUUCCUCAACGUACACCGAGAACAAAUUCAUUAAGGAAAUAUCCAAGUUGUUGAUGUAA